GCAUAGGCUGAUUUAGUACACAUUCAAAAAAUAUUUACACACGUUACUCAACACGCUCAGUUCUGUCAUCUGUGAAAAAUUAGCAAGAGGAAGAGCUAAAACCAUGUUCCGCGUUACUGUCGGUAAAGUUGCCAACGCCAUGCGCGGCACCGUUGGAAUCACAUCCAGCCGUGUUGUGGCCGUCCGCUAUUCCCACGGCGCUGAGGAAUCUGCUGAGGAUUUCGAUAAGCGCUACGAGAAGUACUUCAAUCGCGAUGGUAUUGAUGGCUGGGAGAUUCGCAAGGGCAUGAACGAUUUGCUCGGCAUGGAUUUGGUGCCAAGCCCCAAGAUCAUCGAGUCGGGUCUGCGUGCCUGCCGCCGUGUGAACGAUAUUGCAUUGGCCAUCAGGUGGAUGGAGGGCUGCAAGGAUAAGUGCGGCGACCAGAAGGCUACACUCUAUCCCUACUUGCUGGAGCGCGUCACCCCAACACUUAAGGAGCUGGGCAUUCCCACAAUUGAGGAGCUGGGCUAUGAUAAGCCUGAACUGGCUUUAAAGUCCGUGUUCGACAUGUAAAGCGUUUUCCUUUUAGUUUAAUUACAACACACACACACAUACAAAACACGAAACAGAAAUUCAAUAUGGUGCAGAUGAACAUGUUAUUGGAUUGCAAAUAAAAAGGAGAUUGGAGUAAGGCUACCCAUAAAUACCAAA